AUGGAAGAAUCAAACUCUACAGCGGCAUCUGAUGUAGGCCGUUCUGUCUUGAAGGAAUUCGCCACCAUCUCUUCAAAAGGUACCAGUGCCUAUAUAAGAGGCAUGCAAACAAAACGGAAUCGGCUGCUACCAAGUAGAAGACUUUUAAGUAGUCGCUGCCUAGUGGAAGACUUUAAAAUAAUAAUAAAAAACAGUGCUUCCAAGAUAGAAGGGUUAGGGUUGCCAUAUUUCAAGAAGUGAAAAUCAGGGCAAAAAUAAAUGGUUGAGCUUUUUAAAAGAAAAUUCCCGGACAUAUGGCAAGAGCUACAAUUCCCAGAGUUCCCUGGGGAAAGCGUUUGCUUGUCAAGUCGCACUGGGAAUCGUAGCUCGGUGAGGGGGACUCUCAGCACCCUUUAUAAACCACUUCCCAGAAUCCUUUGGGAGAAGCCCAACUGGCCCAGCUGCCCUCGUCUUCUGUGGAAAUAAAGGAAGAGUUUCUGGACCAGGGCGACGCUGCUUUGGAUGUGUGGCAGCAGUGCUUCAGGAGCUACUGCUACACAUGCGGGCAGCCGAGUGACUUCUCUUCCUGAAUGAGGAGAUGCCACAGCCCUGAGGAGAAGAAAUUGCCACUGGGCUUCCCAGCGCUGCAACACUUUCUCCUCUGGGGGGAGAGCUGGUUGAGAAAGAAACUCCUUCACGGCCCCAUCUUGAAUGACAUGAGGGUCUCUGAUUCCUUUGAGCUGCCCUGCUGGAGCUGAUGGUGUUGCAUGCAUCACCUCCAUUUUUAUUCCUGGCUAUUGUAUUAACGCUGGGAAUUGUAGUUUACCCCCCACCCCAAGAGCUAAAAUUCCCAGCAGGCCUUAAUGAAGUGCAGUGCUUUGAGAUACAGCUAGCCACCCUAUAAGCAAAGUAAAAAAUAUAUCUGGAGAUAGCUCAGAGAGUUGGGAAAAAAUCCUGCAUUGUAGAGGGUUGAAUCAUUAGACGGGCCCUUGUGAUCCCUUCCAAUUCUACAAUUCUAUGAUUUAGAAAGAGAGAUGGGGAGACUUGAGGUUCAUUCUCCUCUGAACCACCCCGAAUUUUAACCCUUGAAUUUUGCUUGCUUAAGGUUUCAUUCAGCUUUGGGGAAAUCACAGGUGUCCGUUAUGCAGUUGGAUACUUCAUUAUAUAGCUUUUGGUGAAUUCUGAAGACUCAGCCUUUCCUUUCGACACCUGAGAUAGUGCUGAUUUUUGUAAAAUAUAAAUUUUGACAGUAUUUUUUAAAGUCUUUAAACUGUAUUUCGGAUUGUUGUAAUCCACUUUAGAACCUCAAGUUGAAAGGCCGGUAAUUAAUAAUAAUAAUAAUGCAACACAGAGAACACCCUCAGUCUCAUUCAUGCGCUUCCCAGCUGACCCCUCCUUCUCGGCCCUUUCUCUACUUUCUCUACUAAGCAAUUCUUUUCUUUUACAUUUUCUUUUAAUUUUAAAUUAUGCGCAGGUUUCCCCGCCCCUUUCUUCCCCGCAUGUUUACGCAACCGCAAGAGCAUUUGCGGCGCGCUCAGGAUUCGAACCCAGCGCCCGGCGGAGAUGCAAUCGGCUGGACUUACUUGGACGUUUCUGCGGACAGCUGCUCUCCGUUCCCUCCCCGUGGACUCAAGGGGUUAAGCGGAGAGAGCGCCUGUUCCUAGAGAGGAUCAGAUAAAGAUAUGAGAGAUGGGGAAGUGCAAAAAGAAAAAAGCGAACCUCCUUCCUGUGUGUUCCCCCCUCCCCCGCCCCUUUCUGGAUUUGGGGGGGGGGAUUUAACACCGCCUUGCAGAAAUUUAGGGUUUGCAAGAUUCGCGGAGGCUGCAAUGCAAAGGCUGCAAGGAGCGGGUGAGUGAAAGAGAAGAGGAGGAAACUUGCAUUUUAAGGGGGAAAGAGAAAGAAGAGGUAGGAGAGAUGAGGGGGGGCGGAAAGCAAACCUCUCCCCCCACAAAAUCAAAGGGUCUUCCUUUUGCAGCGCAUCCUCGCAAAGGCCCCUGAGCCCCGCACCCCUUCCCCACUACCCCUAUUCCGUUUAGAUUUGCUGCAGACAAAGAAAUCGAGACGCAGGAGCGGGAGGAUAAACGCCUCUCGUCUAAAUGCGGUGAAUCUGGAAACAAAAGCGGUGUGCAUAUUGUGCACCGAGAAGAUCAGAAGUGUGGUGGUGCUCCAAAAAUCACAGUCCUCAAAUAACACUUGGGUUUUAUUUAUUCAUUUACUUGUUUGUCCAUUCGCUUGUUUAUUUGUUCAUCAUAUUGUCAGUAUUUGCAUAUACUGCCCUCGCCUUCCCCUGCUGUCGGGAAAACGUCUGACUUACUUUCUGCCUGACAGCUUUAGUCUCUGUUGUUGUUGUUGUUGUUGUUGUUGUUGUUGUUGUUAGAAUUAAUAUACCACCCUAUACCUUGGGGGGUCUCAGGGCGGUUUAAACAAUCUUAAAACAUCAAUGUCUUCCCUUCUUCCCUUUCCAUGGUUCAUUUUGCAUAACAUAAAUCCUUGCAUAUUUUACAUAAACUAAACCAUUCGGUGUUCAGUUAUUACAGCCAUCAAAACCUAUUUACACUGUUGAAUUUAUUCUUAAUGCUGCCAGCGUUUUCAGCUGUCCACAGUUAUUUUCCAUCUAUUCAAUAAACGUUUUCCAGUCGUCUUCAAACGUGGCUUCCGGUUUUCAUUCAUAUUCCUAUUGCUUUUUUUAGCUUUCAGAAAGCCGCCUUGGCUGCUCUUGCUUUGAGCAGGAUGUAAAUUGGGUAAAUGAGUCAUACGCCGAUAACAAUACCAGCUACCUUACAGGGUUGUUGCAAAUAAUAAUAAUAAUAAUAAUAAUAAUAAUAAUAAUAGAAUUAAUGUGCAUAAAGUGAGCCCUGGGGUGUGUCAGAUUUAAGCCUGGCUUCUCUGUAGCUAUGUGGCAGGUGUACCUGGACCAGGUAGAAAGAGGAUCAAAAGAAGCGUACAGAGCCUGGGGCAACUGAUGCCAAGAAGACUGAGAAAGACUUAAAACUGUGGGGCAGUUAUAGUGAAGCGAAAGGCGUGGGGCAAGGGAAAGAUUGCCUCCUUUGGGGAGGAAGGGUGAGGUGGAAAUAUUAAUAAUAUACUGAUCUGGGCGGGAGUCUGAAAUCAAAACAAGCACAAAAGUUUAAAGAAAUUAUGGGGGGGGGGGGUAAUAACUUCAGUGUAUGCUCACUUCAAAAUCCCGCACGCCAGGGGUAGCCAACAGGAAUAUCAGCUGUUGGAAACGGCACAAGCACAGAAGCGCCAAAUCGCAAUCCGUGCGUGCGCAGAUGCGGCGCUGCGGGUUGCGAACGUGCUUCCUGCACGGAUCACUUUUGCAACCCGAGCGUCCACUGUAUAUCAAAAUUUGUAUACCGCCCUUCAUCCAUAGAUGAAGUUCAUAACAAAAAAAUGCAAGAUUAAAAAAACACAAAAUACGUAAUAAAAACAAGAACAAAACAAACCAUUAACCCCCCCCUUCCCCUUCCACCGUUGACCUUCCAUCUUGAUUUGCUUGCCUAAAACUUAACACGGUGGUUAGACUAUGCCUGUUCAUUAUUGAGUUGCUGUUUUUUUAAAGGGAGGAUAUAAGGCAAUGAACAUUUGCCCUGCACUUAUCCUGAUUUGCUUGGGGAGCGUUUACACAUCUUCCUGUUGAUUGUUUGUUCACCACCGCUCAUUUUUAAUGUUUUUCUUCAUCUACUUUCCAACCUGCAAAAAGUCUGUUUUUUUAAAAAGUGUGUUUAUUGCACAAGGGUGACAGAAUCCUUAAACCCGCAAUAAUUAUUAUUAUUAUUAUUAUUAUUAUUAUUAUUAUUAUUUAUUAUUUGUACCCCGCCCAUCUGGCUGGGUUUCCCCAGCCACUCUGGGCGGCUUCCAUAGAAACCAAAAAUACACUAAAAUAUCACAGAUUAAAAACUUCCCUGAACAGGGCUGCCUUAAGAUGUCUUCUGAAUGUCAGGUAGUUGUUUAUCGCUUUGACAUCUGGUGGGAGGGUGUUCCACAGGGCGGGCGCCACCACCGAGAAGGCCCUCUGCCUGGUUCCUUGUAGCUUUGCUUCUCGCAAUGAGGGAAUCGCCAGAAGGGCCUCGGCGCUAUAAAUGUGCAAAAGCAGAAUUCUGGGUAUGUGUGUCUCCAAAUACCAACAGUCUGAAUAUGAGCUAACAUGGCUAUGAACACAAAAAAAUGUUGCUUCUGACUGUGUCUGCCUCUUUCCUUUCCCCUCAGCCUUUUCUCUUCCUGAACCUGACAUGCUCUCUCAACUUGACCCUGGAGAAGACCCGUGGGUUCCGGAUCUUUCCGCCAAAAAGGAGAGGGAGAUGCCGUUGGACAGUGGAGAGGGUGAGAGAGCUUAAACAAGCUAAGGGAAAAGAAACCAUUUGUCCUGGAGAGAAACCCCAAAAUCGACUCCCUCCACCUUCUCGGCCUCAUUCCCUUUUAAUAUUUCUUUCUCAGAGUUUCCUUUUUUUAUAAUAUUUUUUAUUAGUUUUAUUAAAUAUUACAAGGUAAAUAGAAAAGGAAAAUCAAAACAAAAUCCAUACAAAACAAUAUAAACACAAUCGUCUGCAUAUUUACCAAAUGCAGACUAAAGAAGAAAAAAGACAACAGAUAAAGGAAAAGAAAAAAGAAAGAGGAAAAAAGAAAGGGGGAAAAACUACUAUCCAUCAAUAAUGCCAAAUACCAAAUCCUAAUUAAAAUAUUAUAAAAGACUUCCGCCACAUUCACCACAUGUCUCUUAAUUUCCAGUUCACCUUUACAUCUGUUCUUCGUUCACUUCCUUUCCUUAAGUUCUUUCAUAGUCCAUCAAUUCUUUGUAUUCUUUAUAUUCUUCACAAGGUUAGUCUAAGCACAACCAAACUUUCGUAUUUGAGCCCUGCUUCUGUAAAUAUUCAGUUAGACAAUCCCAUUGUCUCUGUACCAUAAUUUUGGAUUUGUGCCUUAUUAAGUCCGUCAGUUAACUCCAGAUACUCACAUAGUUUACUUAACCAUUCUCUUUUUGUUGGAAUAGUAUUUCCUUUCCAUUAGCUGGCUGCCAAUAUUCUCGCUGCUGUUGAUGUGUAUACAAAUAUGUUAAUUUUAUCUUUGGGGAUAUCCUUCCCCAAAAUUCCUAAUAAGUAUGAUUCUGCCCUUUUGUUCUAUGAAACCUUUAUCAAUUUUUUAAUCUCUUCAUGGAUCAUAUCCCAAAAAUGUUUAAUCUCUGGCCAUGUCUCUUUUUCAGAGUUUCCUGAUGUGAUCAUAAAGGUGGAACAGGAAGAGGAGCUGUGGCUUCCGGAGAAAUCGGAACAAGGAGCGAAUCCACUUAACUCCUCUCUCCAGGAAAGAGAAACGGUAUCCUCGGGUGAGGAGCAGCCUUAAACCUGCCUUUAUAAUUCAGGGGCAGGGAACUUUUCCCACCUCCGAGGGCCACAUUGCCUCUUUGAGAGCCUUUGAGGGGCCACCUGCCAGCGAUGGGCAGGGACAGAGGAGAAAGUGGGCGGACUAGUGGAUGCGACUGUUAUCAUUGUACAGUAGGCCACGUUCCGGCCACGCAGAAGUGUGUUUGCCUGGCUGGAAUGUGUGGGAUAACGCUUCUUGUUAGUCUGGACGGAGAGAUGUGUGUGGGUAGCUGUGGAGACCCCAGAAUAUUGUUUGGCUGGAAUGUAGCCUAAAACAGAAAGGUAAGAGUCGCACCUGUUGCUCCACCCACUUUUGCCUUUGGCCCCGCCCACCAAUCUCAGGCCCCACCUUCCCCAAAGGUCACCCCCCAAGCGAAGGUGGCUCUCAGAGAGCCAGUGUGGUGUAGUGGUUAAAAGCGGUAGUCUCGUAAUCUGGUGAACCGGGUUCGCUUCCCCGCUCCUCCACAUGCAGCUGCUGGGUGACCUUGGGUAAGUCACACUUCUCUGAAGUCUCUCUGCCCCACUCACCUCACAGAGUGUUUGUUGUGGGGGAGGAAGGGAAAGGAGAAUGUUAGCCGCUUUGAGACUCCUUCGGUAGUGAUAAAGUGGGAUAUCAAAUCCAAACUCUUCUUCUUCUCAGGCUCUUGGAUGGUUGCCGUGAUUCUGUGGUUCUUUGGCUUCCCAAUGGUUAAUAUUUUCACAAUGUUGUGUCCCAUCUUGAGUGAGGGAUGGGAUAAUCCGACUCACGAGAUGCCCUGGGAUUUGUGGGAGAGGUGAAGGGGUCUUCCUGGAAACCCGUUGUUGGAGGUCAGGAUAUCAUUCCGCACUUAGGACAACUUGCACGGCGUAGCGGCUGUUAAGGGAAAUCCUGGUUUAAAUCUCACCUCUGCCAUCAACUUAGUAGCUGGCCUUUAGGCAAGCCACUUGUAUCCCAGCCUCAGUCUUCCCAUCUGUUAAAUGGGGGCGGGGCUUGUUGGGCUGUUUGUAAAGAUUGCAACUAGAUGAUGCAGGGGGAGUGCUUUGGAAAUCGAAAGUCCCGUACUGAAAUCAACAUACUAACAAGUGUCUUCCCCACCAACCAGGGUUUUCUGCUGUGAUAAUCAAGAAGGAAGAAGAUGACGAGCUUUGGGUGGUGUAUCACCAGGGCUCUGAGGAAAACGAAACAUCCCCACCUGCCCACUCAGGUGAGAGGUUUAUUUAGCUAAGUCUGGAUCCCUAAAUAAAAGCACUCUUCCAAGAUAUACGAUACUGUCAUUGCCCCAUACAGAACAACGAAAUUGAAAAAUCUACACAAAACAUUCAAAAACCAACAAGCUUGCUAUCCCAGCUAUCCCAACCUGGUUAGCCCCCUAAAAACUCUGAUACCCCAUUUUUAAAUACAGUAUACUCCCAUAGAGACUCCUUACACUGCAUUUAAAACCAAAAUUGCAUUUGGAUAGAAACUGUUUCUCAGGUGGCUAGUCCUAGUCUUCAUAACCCUGUAGCUUCUUCCAGAAGGCAGAAGCUGAAAGAGAUCAUUUCCGGGGUGCACACUAUCCUGCACUAUCUCUGCAGCUUUCUUAUGGCACCUGGAAGCAUAGAUUUGAUCCAAGGUGAGAAGAGUGCACCCAAUUAUUCUCUCCGCAGUCUUUACAACACUGGACAUUAAAAUAACUGUCAGAGAGACAGGUCAACAAUAUCUACCGAUAUUCUGCUAUUGCAAAAUCGAAACCGCAUUUGUGCCUUGAUUUUCAGCAGCAGCUCUCUCUGCGCCCAACAUGCAGGGCAAGCUUCGAACUGGAAGGAUAAUCUCCAGCGACAGCUGCCUGUAGUGGCUGUUGGAACCAGCGACUACUACAGGCACAGGGGGGCUUCAUAAUAAGCAGGACAUUAACUGCACCUCAGAUACUCACAAAUGUCUCCUCUUUUCUCAUAAUGCUCGCCCCAUCCUCAAAGUGAAGCUAGACUCUUGUUUUACACUUUGGUCUCAGGCACAACUUCUGUGUUUGCUCCAUCAACUGGAAGGGAGUGUAUUUGUGUGGAGUUGUGCACAUGUGUCUCCAAAAACAACAGCAGUGAAGAAAAAGUGUGAUCCUCCUCCAGGCUCUGUGGAAUAGCUUUCUUGUCGAGAUAAUGACAAGUGAUCAUUAUCUGUACUUUCUGGAAACAAUUGAAGACAUUUCUGUUCCAGUGGGUUUUCCCAGUUGAAUGAAUGAGCCCCUUCCCUGGAUGUCUGCUGUUUUGGAUAAAUAUAUCUGUUUGUGUGUGUGUUGCUUUCAACUUUUAAAAGUUGUUUUUAUUGUACGUUGCCUUGAGACCCAUCUGUGGAAAGGGAUAAUAAUAAGUCGUACCUUGGAUCCCAAACGCCUUGCGAUUCAAACUUUUUGGCUCCCGAAUGCCGCAAACCCGGAAGUGAGUGUUCUGGUUUGUGAACAUUCUUUGGAACCCAAAUGUCCAACACGGCUUCCGUGGCUUCUGAUUGGCUGCAGGAAGCUUGGAAGCUGCGCCUUGGUUUCCAAACGUUCUGGAAGUCGAACGGACUUCUGGAACAGAUUCCAUUUGACUUCCACUGUAGUAGUAGCAGUAGUAGUAGUAGUAGUAGAAAUAAUAAUAAUAAUAAUAAUAAUAAUAGUAGUAGUAGUGUUGGAAGGGACUUUGAGGACCAUCUAGUCCAACCCCCUGCAAUGCAGGAAUAUGCAGCUGCCCUAUACAGGAAUCAGAUCUGCAACCUUGGCGUUAUCAGCAUCACACUCUAACCAACUGAGCUAUCCAGGCUAUAAUAAGAAUCCAGGGCCCAAGUACAUAUAGUUGUCUCUAAAAAUUUGACAAAUGGCUCAGAAUGCAGGAAUCUUUUGCCCAAGGUGAGACUCAAACUCGUGACCCUGAGAUGAAGAGUUUUAUGCCCUGCCAACUGAACUAUCUUAUUUGUUGAGCAAAUAUGUUCCACUUGCAUGACAACAUAAGUAGAUUCAUACCCAUUAUUAAGAUAACACAUUGUACAUUUUCCCUUCCCAGUCAAACUUGCUUGUUCACUUGUUCGCUUUCCCUUUAUCCCGACAGAAGAGGGCCAUGGGAAAAGGUGCACGGAGGAGAAAGAGAACAAAUGCUCAGACUGCGGGAAAAGCUUCACGCAGAGGUCUAGCCUCGUGCGACACGAGAAGACGCACACGGGAGAGAAGCCCUACGAAUGCGCAGAGUGCGGGAGGAGCUUCAGCCAGAGGUCGAUUCUGACCCGGCACGAGAGGACCCACACGGGAGAGAAGCCGUACAAAUGCUCAGAGUGCGGGAAGAAUUUCCGCCACAAGUCGGCGCUUCUGAGGCACGAGAAGAUGGAGGCCGGGGAGAGGCCAUACGAAUGUUCUCACUGCGGAAAGGGCUUCAUCCAGAGGUCCAACUUCCUCAUCCACGAGAGAAUCCACACCGGCGAGAAACCGUACCUGUGCUCGGACUGCGGGAAAAGCUUCGUCCAAAGGUGGCACCUGCUGGUACAUGAGAUGACACAUAAGCCCGAACAGCCCUAUCAGUGUACGAAGUGCGGGAAGAGAUUCAACCACAGCCUCAACCUCAUCGUCCACGAAAGGAGCCACGUGGGGGAGAAAGUGUACCCGUGCCCAGACUGCGAGAAGAGCUUCACGCAGAGGUCGAGCCUCGUACGGCACAAGAAGACCCACACGGGGGAGAAACCGCACCGGUGUGCCGAGUGCGGGAGGAGCUUCAGUCAGAGGUCGAUCCUGACCAGGCACGAGAGGACCCACACGGGAGAGAAGCCGUACAAAUGCUCCGAGUGCGGGAAGAAUUUCCGCCACAAGUCGGCGCUUCUGAGGCACGAGAAGAUGGAGGCCGGGGAGAGGCCGUACAAGUGCUCGCACUGCGGAAAGGGCUUCAUCCAGAGGUCUAACUUCCUCAUCCACGAGAGGACCCACACAGGCGAGAAGCCAUACAAAUGCGCCGAGUGCGGGAAAGGCUUCGUCCAGAGGUCGCACCUUCACGCCCACGAGAUAAUGCACAAGGAAGAGGAGUCCUUUCAGUGCUCAAAGUGCGGGAAGAAGUUCAACCACAGCUUGAGCCUCGUCAUCCACGAAAGAAGCCACACGGGAGAGAAACCGUACCCAUGCUCUGUCUGUGGGAAAAGCUUCGUUGACAAAUCGAGCCUGGUCAGACACGAGAGGGCUCAUCGAGGAGAGAAGCCAUACGCGUGCUCCGACUGCGGGAAAAGGUUCAGCUAUAGGUCAGCCCUCCUCAGGCACAAGAAGACCCAAGCGGGAGGGAAGCCAUAUUGGUUUUCGGCCUGUGGGAAAAGCGUCAUCCAGAAAUUGAAGCGCCUCGCGCACGAGAGAACUCACAACGGAGAGAGUCUGUACAAGUGUGCUUACUGUGGCCGGGCCUACAACUUGAAGUACAAGCUCCUCAUCCACGAGAGAGCCCACACCAGGAAGAAACCUUACCAGUGUUUGGAGUGCGAGAAGAGCUUCGGCCAGAGAUCCAACUUCAUUGUGCACCAGAGGACCCACACGGGGGAAAAGCCCCACAAGUGCUCCGAUUGCGGGAGGUGCUUCAAUGACGGGCGCAACCUCGUGAAGCACAAGAAGACCCACACAGGAGAGAAACCUUACCGGUGCCGCGCCUGCGGGAAAAGCUUCACAAACAAGUCGAGCCUCGUCGUGCACGAGAGGACUCACACCGGAGAAAAGCCGUACGGGUGCUCCGGUUGCGGGAAAGGCUUCACCAGCAAAUCGAGCCUGGUUAAGCACGAGAGAACUCACACAGGGGAGAAGCCUCACACUUGCACGGACUGUGGGAAAAGCUUCGUUCAGAGGUCGAACCUCCUCAGGCACGAGAGGACCCACAAAGGGGAGAAAACGAAUCCGUCCUCAGACGGUGGGGAAAGUUCCGGCGGUGACUCAGCCCUGACUAGAUACGUAGGGGCCCAGGCGGAAGAGAAACCCUAUAAAUGUUCCGAGUGCGGGAAAAGCUUCCACGAGAGACGGAACCUUGUUGUUCACGAGAGGACGCACACGGGGGAGAGGCCGUAUAAGUGCGCUCACUGCGGGAAAACCUUCACCAACAAAACGACUCUCGCCGUCCACAAGAGAACUCACACGGGGGAGAAGCCGUACGGAUGCCCCCGCUGCGGGAAAAGCUUCCCUUACAAGUCGAGCCUGAUCAAACACGAGAGGACCCACACGGGAGAGAAGCCCUACAAGUGCUCCAGCUGCGGGAAAGGGUUCAACCAGAGCGCCAACUUGCUCGCACACGAGAGGACCCACACGGGAGAGAAGCCGUUCAAAUGCUCGGACUGCGGGAAGAGUUUCGGUGACCGGUCGAAUCUGAUCAGGCACCAGAAAAGUCACACCGGAGAGCAACUCUAG